UGAAACAAUGUAAUCAAUUAGCACUGUUUAUUCAGGCCCUGUCACCUCGCCGUGGUUUGGUCCACUCGGUCACUGACAUCAAACUGCCGCACGCACGCAGAGUGGAGCGCGUGCCAAGUUUAUAUGGAGGCGACAGUCGAGUCUGUACCAUUGCACGUUAGCCCAGUGGACAGCAAAGAUGGCUGAGUGGAAGAUGUCACGCCAUGCCACGGUGACAGUCUGCAUUGCCUUGGCUUUGCUCACAGAGCCUGUACUGCUCUUCAGAGUCCCGACCGGGCCACCCGACCCGGAGACCGAACCAAAGGAGGUCGUUUCCAAAGCCAUCCAAGCACUGCAUGAAAUAUUUGACUUUGAUGACGUGCCUCAAAAAACUGUGUCUCACAAGAAGGCCCCGCAGUUCAUGGUGGACCUGUUCAACACGGUGGCCGAUUCGGGCGGAAUAACAAGAUAUCCGAACAUUCUGGAAGGCAACAUUGUCCGAAGUUUUGAAGAUAAAGUUCCUUCAGGUCGAUCUUUAUACUACUUCAACUUAUCAUCAGUCCAUCAGAAUGAAAAACUCAUCAAAGCUGAGUUACGGAUAUUCAGAAAGAAGCAAAGCACCAUGCCUGGGAAAUCAUUUGUCCAUCAUUUUGGCAAAAUUGAUAUUUACGAGUUGAUGGAAAGCGGAAUUAAGCCGUGGAGAGGCAACCUGAUUAGUUCAAGACUGCUACCCCUUCACACACAGGGCUGGGAAGUGUUCAAUGUCACCCUGACGGUGUCUAAAUGGCUUCUCGACAGCAAUUCAAAUCACGGCUUACUUCUUGUUUUCACUCUCCCUACCGGGAAUUUUUGGGAAGCCUCGGUUGGCAGAUUUACAAAACAAGUGCGGCAUCCCGAGGAAGCCCGAGGGUUUCUUGUGCUUUUCUCUGUGGAUGGCAGAAAAGGGGAAUCCACUGGCAACAUGCCGCUACCAGCUGACAAAACAUCCCCUAGUGAUGGAUCUUCAGUUAUGCCUUUCCAAAGUCACAAUGCUGUCCACUCAGAUGUGCAAGGGAAUAAACACAGGACAGCACGUGCAGCUCCAGGGAACCCUGAAACACCAGUCACGUCUUGUCAGCGGUUACCACUGUAUGUUGACUUUGAAGAGAUCGGCUGGUCAGGAUGGAUCAUUUCACCCAAAGGAUACAACGCCUAUCAGUGCAAGGGAGCGUGCCCAUUCCCACUCGGAGAAGGCUUAAGAGCGACAAAUCAUGCAACUGUCCUAUCCAUUGUCAAUGCGCUGAAACUGACAAGAGAGGUGCACACUCCAUGCUGUGUACCAGAAAAACUGUACUCAAUCAAUCUUUUAUAUUUUGAUGAUGAAGAGAAUGUCGUUCUGAAACAAUAUGAUGAUAUGGUGGCCGCAAGCUGUGGCUGUCAUUAAGUGGAUUCGGUUUAUUAAUACGCACUGUUGGAGCCAUUUGGUUGUUUCUUUUGACAUACUUGAAUAUUAUUGUGCUGUUUCUUACACUGCUUUCCUUUCUAUUUAAUGUUAUCUUCAUGUUAUUUAUUUUUUUAAUGUUUUAGUUCCUGAAGCAA